AUGAGCACGCCAACAUCUGGAAAUGAUUUGACUACAGACACGUCUCAUUCAAAGACAACAUUAAAACCUCAACCUGUUACUUCACGAUCAUCCACAAAUUCAUCAACAGAAACUCUUGAAAAUAUAUCUUUAGAAGGAGACGAGACUGAUCAAACAACAUUAAUAACUACAACUAAUGGAAUACUAAUAGAACCUUCAAAGAUUGCUAAAGUAGGAGUUAAAAAGUCCAGGUCAUUGUUAGGACGGUCAAUUACAUUUUUAAAUCGUAAUGAAGAAAAACAGUCAAAAUUAGUAAAAGUACACCGAUACACAAUUUAUGAUAGUGAAAAAGAAGAAUUUAUUGAAAUAGUAGAAGAAGAAUGGGAUGGUGAUAGACCACCACCACGACAAUCUGUAACUUCACAAAAUAAAAGUACAAUUCUUGUUGAUAAAGAUUUACCAAGCUUGCCGGAACCAAUUACCAAGAAAAAAGAAGGCAAUAAUUUUAAAAAAUUUUACGAAUGGGCAGAAAAUGAGUGGUAUCAACAUAAAAAAAGAAUAUUAAUAUCUUUAGGAGUGAUUUUAUUGUUACUUUUUAUUAUUAUCCUUGCCGCAGCUGGUGUUUUUUCAAAAUCGAACAAUGUUGAGAGUAGUAACAAUAGUUUGUUAAGUGGCACGGGGGAAGGAGCUUAUUAUAAUCUAAAUGGCGGAGUUGGCGCCUGUGGAAAACAAAACACUAAUAAUGAUUUAGUCGGCGGUUUAAAUGCCGCUCAGUAUAAUUCGACUAUUUGUGGCAAAUGUUUGAAGAUUACUGGACCAAAAGGAACAGUAGAUAUUACAAUAGUAGACAAGUGUCCUACUAAUACUACUGGAAAUAUUUGUCUUUCGAUGACGGCCUUUAAAAAAAUUUCUGAUGAUAUAAAUUCUCCCACUAAAAUUAGCUGGGGAGGAUGUUAA